UUUACAAGGUAAAACCGUUCAGUUUUCACUGAUAUGUCCGCCCGGGAACUUCGUUUCAAUUUAAUAUAAAAAAAUAUGACAAGUUUGAAAGUUAGUUAAAGGAUACACGAUCUUGGUGACGUCACUCUGACGUAUCUCAUCUUUGUUUUUAAAGCGUUUAUUAUGACGGGUUAAACGUGGAUUGUAAAAGUCGGACAUGUUCGAAUGGGUGCAAAUGAACUCAAAUGUUUUGAAAACUGUUAUAUUUGUUUAACUUUGAAAUUAGCAUAAAAACUUUAAGCUUUGUUACCAUGGAAACAGGGUAAACAAAUACGUGUUUGAGUGGUUUCUGGAAUGGCGGCGGUGGGCAACCCAACGUUAGCGCCCAACGUGGAGUACAUUGUUAUCACGUUUUGGGACAAGAUAUACAUAGUGUGUGGUGCUGCCGCCCUGCUGCUGUUGCUGCUGCUGUGUAUGUUGUGUAUUCUGUGUCCGGAGUGCUUCUGCCGCUGCUGCGUGGAGGACGAGAAAAAACGUCAGUUUCAAAGGGAUAGCGACAAGUCAGCAUCGCAAAGGUCCAACGCCAGCAAAGGGAGUUAUGGCUCCACGGAUUCUGACUUUAUGUAUGGUUCAGGCGACAUCAAAGAUAGCGGACCAAUCAGGUGGAUGCCUCUUGACGUCAUCAGGGAGCAGACCACGGAUUGGUCGUCUGAUGCCAGCAGUGGACAGGACGUCAUUUCCCUGGACAGGAACAAGAAAAGGAUCGGGUUUCUCCCUAACGGCAGUCAGAACGGUGACGUCCAUCCCCCUGGUACGCCUCCCGUGCUGGAGAAGGGGGAGAUCCACUUUGCCCUCAGCUACGUACAGACAGAGGAAAAGCUCGUCAUAAAGAUAAACGAAGUCAAAGACGUUGUUCUGACUGAAAACCAGCAGUUGAUCAGCCCAUAUGUCAGGGUGUGCUUAUAUAGGUCACCCAAACAGUUCUUUACUUUCCGGGACGGUGGGAAGACGGAAAAGAAUAUCACAAACUUGGAAAAAGAGUUGAAGACCCGCAUGAAACGCCCCAGUGAUGUGUUAGCUUACAAGGAAACAUUUGAGAUUCCAAUGGAUUUGGAAUCCUUGAAGUCAAUGACAAUAAACAUUCUUCUGUGUGAUAUGGAUAAAUUCUCGCGUCACGUGACACUUGGCGAGAUUUCAGUGAAUCUUAAGAAGGCGAAUUUGUUGAACAUACAAGAGAGAGAAUACUCCGAGGAUUUUUCGGAACCAAAUAAGGAGAAUCUAGGAACACUAACUCUGGGUACAAGUUACCUGCCCACGUCUGAGAAGCUGUACCUGACAGUGGAGUCAAUGAAGGACCUGCGGAUCAUUGACAAAAACAGCGGAACAACGGACGCCUGUGUUAAGAUCUAUCUGAUGUAUGAAGGAAAACAACUGAAAAGAGUGAAAACCACGGUCCGUAAAAACGACACCAACCCAGUGUUCAACGAAAGUUUCUCUUUUGACGUCCCGCAGACGGAGAUUGAGAAGGUUUACUUCUCGCUCGUAAUCUGCCACUACAAUGGUGAAAAGAAGGGGACGAAACUCAUUGGGCGAAUAUAUCUGGGUACGAAUUUUGGACCGGAAGCGCGCGACUUUUGGGGCAGCAUGAUUCAGAACCCGAGAAAGAAAAUAGUGAAGACAUUUGACAUCAGUAGUUAAUAACGUAUGCCUUUAAAUGGAACGAACUAUUUGGGUGAAAAGUGACAUAGCCACAGGGACUUUCGAGAAUACAUUUAUGACGGUCUUAAGGAAUAUGUACAGUUGUAAUGGUGAAAUCGAUGUGUACUACCAUUAUCAUUCUCGGCACCCAGCGUAUCAUAAACUAUAUGAUACUCUGGGCGAAUUGGCAAGGGAAACUUCGUAAAUCUUGAAUGUUCAUAAGCAUUUACGACCAAUGAAAUAGCACAAAACAAAUAGGAAAUAAUCUCUUUUGUGAAGAGCUAUCGACAAAUUUAACAAUAUUCUGCCUAAAACGAUUUGUAAGCCGUGAUAGCAUUGGAUUAUUUGGAACCGAGAUUACAUCCGCAACAUCUCGUCCAUUUCCGCACCGCAUGAGGUGUGGCUCAUGUGACCAUUUAAGCGGCUGGAUUUCACCUUGUUAAUUAUUCAUGAGUACGAUAUUUUAACAGCUGAUUUGCUCAGGAUAUCAUAUCGGUUAUGAUACGCUGGGGUGCCAAGGAUGUACCAUUAUAUGUUAUGGCUGUGUAGCACCUGUAUUCUAUACAUAGGGGACUUUGACCCAAAUGGUACGCCAUAGUAUCCACUGUUACUUCAAGUUUGGUAUCUGGUUCUAGGCAAACGAUCUGGUCCUUUGGCCUCAUUUGCCUUAACUAAACUUCCAUUAUUUAAACGAACAUAUCAUUGUGUGGAUUUAGUGAUUAAUGUGUAUUUAAGAUAUUUUCCCUGUACAUUCACAAAACAACAUCUGCAACUUCUGCAACUCGGGCGAAUUUCUCGCACAUGUAAGAGAACAUUCACUUGGAAUACAACUGUUGUUGUCUAAAACUUAAUUUGACACCUAAAUAUAAUUUUAAGACAAUAUACAAGGUUAUUUCGGCUUAAAAACUACAUGUCGGAAACUUGUCAAUCGGAGAUGUACAACUUAUGUUUAUAUUGUUACCAAGGGAUAGCUUUUUUCAUUUUAUUUUUUAUAACGCAAGAAAUAUUCUCAAACAUAAUUAUAGUCGUUUACAAUACAAGAAAAAUACUGCAGCGCAUACAAUAUGGAGAAAAUAUGAAACUUUAAUCAUUGUUUCGUAUCGCAUAAUACUUGUCUGUAUUGUUAAAAAUAAUGAGUUUUGAGUGGUAACCCACGCAAAAAUUGUAUACCAAAAUGUCGGAUUUUAUAAUAAUGAUGUUAUUUGAAAAGAAAGAGCCUUUCUGUAUUUUAAGUAUGGCUAGGGAGAGAAAAGUAAAAUGAAGACUGCAAAUGGUGUAAUGAAGGAUGUAUUCAUGCAUUAAUUUAGUUAUUCAAGAGAAGAUUUUAGUUCCCAUGCAUAUUUAUCGCAUCCUUUUUAUCAUUCUUUCCUAAACAUACUGUUUUGGUUGCAAUUCAAUAAAGAAGUGUUUUUUUUAUUUGAAGUGUUUCCAAUAUGAGCACCAAGAUGUCAUAUAGGACACCAGAUUGCCCAUCUGGCCAAACUUCACGUAACUGUGCAUUAAGUAAGAGGUAAACGGACAUAUCUUUGUAACAAUCAUUGACACUAUAUUUGAAUGGUCACAAUUGUAUGUUUAUUUGCACAAGCGAUGAUUAUUCAAUCAUUGCAGCAUUUGGAUUUCAUGUAAUGGUUUUUGUUUUACAUAAGUAUGCUCCCGUUGCUUUCCACAUGUCGGACGAUAGACCAAACCUUUUGUGAUUGAUAAAGCGAGAACUCCUUGGCUUUAGGUCCUCCAACUUGGUGGAUUGACCGUGACCAGCAUAUGACCCUAUUGAUUUUGAGGUCAGAAGGUCAAAGGUCACUAUGACAUUUAACACAAAUGGCUGUCCGAGUGAUAACUAGAAUAUAUACUUGGGCAUACUGUCCUCAAUUUAAAUGGAGGUUGGUCAUGACCAGAAUAUGACCCUGUUGAUUUUGAGGUCUGAAGAUCAAAGGUCAUUAUGACAUUUAACACAAAAUGGCUGUCCGAAUGAUAACUAGAUUAUAUGCUUGGGCAUACUGUCCUCAAAUCAAAUGGAGGUUGGUCAUGACCAUCAAUGACCCCUAUCUAUUUUGAAGGAAAAAGUCACGGUCGCGGUGACCUUGAACACAAAUAGCUUUUUCGAUUGAUAACUCGUUUUUCUUGGUGCUAAUUAAGGUCUUCGACCUUGGUAGGGAGUUUGGUCAUGACCUGCAGAUGACCCCGAUUGAUUUUGAGCAUGGAUUUCAAUGUCACAGCGACGUUGGACACAAAAGCUUGUUUAACAUUCUUAAGAGACCGCUUAAACCCAAAAGCCCAUACGUUUGGUGGGGAGGUUGGUCGUGCCGUAUAGUUUCAGAAGGUAAAACCCUCUCAUUUGUAGGUCAACAUCAGAUCAAAGGUCUAGAUCACAAGAUUGACUACAGUCAUGGUCAGAUUACUAAAAACAACUGAACUAUUUUGCCUGGAAGCUGCAAGAAAUUAACCAUAAUUAUUGCCAUUUUACCAUAAACAGUGUGUGUAUACCACGUGAUAAAUUACGUCAUAUAUGCUACGUCGGAAGGCAACAUUUUGCAUAAAAUGAAGACUUAAAUCAAAGAUAACUUUUCUUUUACUACUCCAUUUUAAAUAAAACAAAGGGCAGCCUAUGCCACCUAAAGAGCUCAGCCACCGUUUUAUCUAAAUGUUGAAGAUAUAGUGAAGUUAUCUUUGUUUUAAGUCUUCAUUCGAAGCAAAAUAUUGCCUUCCGACGUAGCAUUUAUGACGUAAUUUAUCACGUGGUAUACACACACUGAUAAACAUAUACAUGUAGGUUACUACUUCAGUUGACGUUUAAGCACCCAUCUGUGUAUCAGUAUAACUUGCAGUGCUAAUAUUCUUAGUUUUUAUCAUCCAUUAAACCACUUUACAGCUGUCAUGGGGUGCAUACAUGUUUUACUGAUACCUAUAACUCAUCAACUCUUAUAAAGCAUUUCAGAAUGGCCAUUAAAUAUCCAUAAGUUAUCCACAAGCCUUGAAAGGAUCUUGGUCAUGACCUUCAAUUACCACAUAGAAAUUCAAUGUGAAAAUACUAAGCUUACAUGUUACUAGCAUCGCUUGUUAAAGAAAGUAUAAUUAUUCAGUGGAACUUUUUUUAACAGUCUGUGCAAAACCUCAUUAAAUCAUGUAAAUAUUGGUAUUAAUUUGUUUUCUGGAAAUAGUAGACUGUCUGUAAAUUCUUUGUGUAAUUAAGCACAUGUUCUGUUAAAUGUUAGCUUAGUACAGAUGUACAGCUUACCAUGGCAAAAUGUACAAGUUUAAGGUUCUUUUCUUAUGUGAUUUUGAGGAUGCGGAUUAGUUACUUGUUAGAAUGUUAUAGAAUGAAAUAAACAUGUACAGAUGGUG